UCGUUUUCAUUCUUUUUCCUUCUUGUUUGAGUAUAGCAUGCUCGUUAUAUCCUGAUUGUUUAAAACCUCGACCAAUAACAACUACCGAUGAAGAAUACAGCGAAGUACAAAAUAGAGGCGUACAAUUUCAAAAAUGUCUCCAACAAGAACCCAGCAUUUUUGAUGAUGAUUCAUUCAGCAUUCAAUCUUACGAAUUCGUAAGAACAAUGGAUGUUGGCUGCGAAUGUAAAGUAGAAAGAAAGCACGACGAAUUAGACGAAAGCAAUAGUAAUUAAUUUAAUUAUUCGUCAAUAAGUUCUUUCCACGUUUAACAUCUCUUUUAUCUAUUCACAAAGAUCGAUCUUUAGAUUAUCAGGAAGAAUUGGAUUACGAAGAUUAUUCGAAUAUAUCGUUCGAUUCAUUUUUAAAUAUUCUGAAAAAGUUAAUAACUCGUAAUGAAACAACUGAUUAUUUAGAGAAUAUAAACAUUACCGAACCAAUUUACUCUAGCAAGCCUAAAUGUGGAGACUUAUGUGAAGAUCCUACGAGUAGCAUGUCGUCGAAGAAAGAUAAGUGCAUUGAUUGUACUUGCGAGUUUGAUUCCCAAGUCAUGUCUCCCAAUAAAAUUGAAAUAAUAAACGAACAAUCAUAUUCGGUUGAAAAUUUUGAAAGUAUGAGUAUGGAAAUUGGUUCGAAGAAGGAUGUUGGUACAUCCACGUAUUCGAUUUCUGUAUUCAGCCAAAUUACUUCUACGUUACAAAUAAAAUCAACGAAAACUCAAAAGUUAUCUUGUUCGACUCAAUGCGAAAUCGGGCCUGAGUGCAAAUUGUCUUUCAAUACCGGAAGCCAAGCAACGUCUGUAUCUGAUACGCAGAAAAGAAUAAAGAAACAGGAUCAUAGUAACUCGGAAGAGUUUUGCCCGUGCAAAUGCGGAUACUUUUUAGAAGGCGAAUCUACUUGUUCCUGUGAAUGUAUACGAUAUUCUAAUUCACCGUGUAUAGCUCCAAAUGAUUUAGAAAAAGUUAAAAAAAAGGCGAAGCGUACAAUUAGUCCUACAAGCGAUCUUAAAAUACCAGAUCAGAAGAGCUCUGGAUCAAAUAAGCCUACAAAAUCGGAGAAGAGUAAUUACGAAAUCAAUUGUCAAUUUUGUAGUUGCAGUGAAUACUCAAGUGUGAGCAUUCCGAUAGAUCCAAUAGUGAAACGAAUGAAUAACAUAAUUGAUGGUCAAGAUACGAUAUCCGAUUCACAGGGCAAAUGUGAGAGCAAUUGCAAACAUUCAAAGGAUGAUAAGCAAUUUGACUUGGAAGAAGAAGCGCGAAAAUUGCAACAGAAAAUCGAAUCUUAUAAAAAAGAGAACGAAUAUUUUCGUGAAUUAAUACAAGCUUGUAGUAGCUGUCAGAAGAACACAGAAAUAUUGUCCUGUCUUCCACCAAUUAGGGCAACGUAUUCCGGACUCGCAACUGCAAUCGAGAUCUUACAAAGUAAGUGCCGAAGCAAAGACAGCAUGAUAGCCAUUUUAGCAGAAGGAUUACGUGGCGUUGUCAAUUAUGCUCAAAUAGCCAAAAAUUUAGCCGCACCCUGUCUCGAAUAUACGUAUUGGGAUUUUGAUCGGUCUGCUCUUUAUACGUAUUUGCGUAAAACCAUGAGCAGACUUUCUGUGGAAAAAAGAAUAAGUUCGACAUUAUCGUCAAAUGAAACGGUGAAAGAAGAACACGACAAAGCUUUUCUUGAUUCGUCUUGCGACGACACUGUACCACCAUCACCGACAGAUUUCAAAGUCGUACAAGAAUUCUGCAAAUGUCUUUUACUCUCGUGGAAGAUACCCGAAAAUCUUGAAAAUGUUGCUGGUUAUCGGAUUUACGUUAAUGGGUAAAUGUUACUUUCUUCGUGAACAAGAGAUCGAGACGAUCAAGACUUCUUGAUUUUCUUAGAAAUUUGGCGACCAACGUGAGAUCUUCAACAAGAACGGAAACCAUUUUAGGAUUCAUGGAUUCCACGAAAUCCACGGAAUUAAAGUUGCAUAGCUUUAAUAAAAAUGAUAUAUUAUCCGAUCCAGUCACGAUAGCUUAUUCCUCCAACAACGUGAAUAACGAUAGCAAUCAUUGACUUUCAAGAUUGACUUUCAGUUUUCCUACUGAUACGAUUAGCUUUCCAUGUCGUGGAAAAGAAACAGAAUAUAUUCAUUCGAUGUCCACUUAUCCUUUUAUGUUUCCAAACUAUUUCACCUUACCAAGU